AAUCGCUCUUCUUGUUAAUCACGAGCGUCACUCAUAAUUUGACUACAGUUUCUAGAGAAGAUGGUAAAUUAUGGCUUUUUGCUUAAGCAGGUUUGAGCGAGUUAGUCAAUGGGAAUAUCCAUCAUUCACCCACUCACAGAGGGCCGCGCAUCCUACACGCGGGCACUCAUCUCCCAGUGGCCAUUCUCCAUUCGACAGUCGACAAGCAUCAUUCACCCUUGCAAAUUCAGCCAUUCCCUUUUUUCCUCCCACCCUACCACUCCUUGCUCAAAUCUUCCAUGUCCUCACUCGACACUCGGCUUACGGCGGGCAGCGGGUCGCACCAUAAGCAUAGCAUGUUUGGGGAGUCUUCAGAGCUCACGACCUCUGUCCGUCUAGUAGUCUAGUCUGGAAUGCUGGUCGGCGGGCAAAAGAAAAUAUAGGCGUUCUCUAAGUACGAUGGGGCUUCAAUGUUCAUGCUGUUCCAGUUUUCGAGAAGAAAAACUCUCGUAAAAGAAAUGGUUUCACACGAGGCUUAUCCUAUGUGCGCUCACGGCAUCAGGCACCACAUAAUUGUGAUCUGACAGCCGACCACCUCCAAUUACCCGAUGUUCCCGCCCAGCACGCCACAGCCCUUCCAUGUUCUUGGACCAUAGCUGUUUUCGUUGCAUUUUUACUACCCACUUGCAUGAUAUAGACUUAGACAAGGUUUUCCCGCUCCAUGCGGCCUUCGAUUUCAUUUAUCUAUCGAUCAAAGACGUCGAUUCCAAGCGUCGGUAAGUCACUUUUAGCUACUUCUCAUUCGAUUUGUUUUCUGUCUCGAGUCGAUUUUGAUUUCUAGAAUAUCAACUUACAGACGUUACCGUAACUUACCCUCUUGGUCUUGGAAGAAACAAGAAAAUGACAAUGAUAUCGAAUUUCGCGUCACUACUUGUACUUCCUCGCGUACCAGCACUGUCAGGAAAGUACAGCCGCUUACCAAGCUGUCGAGUGGUGAAGCCCGCGAACCGACCUUCGUUCUUUGCCUUAGUGUGCAGUCAUGCUCUGUGGUGGGUCCUCCAAUGCCAGACGAGUAGUCUAUAUUUACUUCCGGUGCGACUUCUUGGACUUCAAGAUUCUACAAGUUCUUCAGUUCCGCUACCGUUGUUUAUUGCCGCGCAACCGCUGAACUCAGCCAGAGACCUGCAUCGACACUAUCACAAGGUCUUUCGGUACGGGAACCGGAAUGCCGCGUCACACCUCUGGUCCUCCUACCUGUUCGAGAAUUUUGGACCAGGCGAAAAAAUUCGCACCUUUGACAAAUUGCAGGAACUAUUCACAGGUUUUUGUCCUAUUAGCGGCUCGCCCGUAAGUCCGAACGACUACAACCGCUACGGGCUAGUGCUACCAGUGGUGCCUGAACUAGCUGCGGAACAACGCGACGGCUUGUUUUUCAUCGAACAAGAACGACUGGGCAGCGGUGAGAAUAGAUCGGCAACUUCUUCUAGUGCUACUGAAAUUGCAUCGCACGUGGAACACCGAGGCUCCGCCGAAGAACCUGGCGCUCUAGAAAAGGGAGAUUCGACUGCAACAUCGGGUCUUAACUCUGAUACAACAGCAUCAUCUACGUCAGCCUCUUCACGCUUCGGCUUUUUGCAUUACUGUUGUUGGCCUUGUGUGUGUGACACCCAAGAUUUUUUGCGAGUUGACUCGAAAACAGUGACAUUGUCAGCUACCGAAACGCAGACCCUUUACUUCGUGGUCAUCGGGAACCCCUGCGAGCGUGAGACGCAGCUAGACAACUGGUUUUUCCAACCGUUCGAUGGCAGGCAGACGACGCUGCGUCGCGAGGCCCCUGAGGUUCGCUGCAGCAAUCACAAAGGGCAUUCCACCGCAUCGGCAUCUUCGGAUAGAAGUGGCACAGCAGCUCCAGCUGAUAGUACUCUGAUUUUAUGGCAUCGAAAUGCUGAGUGAAUCAUUGAAAAUUAGAAGAUUCACACAAAUUGAAAUUGAUUUAGUAGGAUGUUUCGUGUCAAUUACUAGGGCUGCUGCUGGUCGUUUUCCGUUGUGUGUCUAUUGUAUCAACACAACUGCUGUUCAUUCUAAUUUUCGGCGCCACAUUGUCGGACCACGGAUAUCCGAUCAUCGGCAUGUUUUUCGAUUCGACAUCUGUCUCCGGGCCAUUGCCACAGCGGUAUAUUUCUGCCCAUCCUCGCAUCGACGACGAUUUUUCGUACGUGCAGCCUGGACGACCAUCUUACACGAGUCCAGAAGAACAGCCACAUUUAGGGGGACGGACACUGCAGUACAUGAACGAAACGGAUUUCGAUCAGAUGUGCGCACAUCGAAAGGCACAAGGAUACAAUAGCGGAAUGGGCGAGAUUUUCCGAAAAGUAGCUGAAAUCAGCCCGAUUUCUCUUACGUAGUGGUCUCUCGAUAAAAAUUCUUAUAUUCCUCUCCAAAUGAGCACCCUUGUUGUUUCAGUUUUCAUUCUUCCUAGUUUUAGAAUUCUGGUUGAAAUAAACGAACAUAAUGAGCUCGUCCUGAUUAGGGAAUAGAUUUAUUAAUUGCCGACAGCUCUAAUUCGUUCCCUGGUGGUGUCAUUGCACCCCGUGACGCGAGCGCGACUAACGGGCUGGUUGGGGAACAAAAGGGUCACGCGAAAUACCGCAGUUCAACCGCAAAGCGCAAAAAGAUGACGUACAUGAAAAGUACUACAUCAGGUCUGACCGAGACUGACGAACCUGCUGGAUCCCUUGACGCAAUCGGUUCAGAAAUACUCGGGAAAUCGACCAUGACUGGGUCGAGGAUACCUGCGGUCAGCUCUGGUUUACGGGCGGAAUCUCCAUCAGCUGGAGAUCUUUAG